AUGGCUCCCAAGCAGGCUACUCUCGGAAAGUUCUUCAGAAAACCCAACGGCGACGCAACAAAGCAGCAAUCGAAACUGUCCUUUUCCACAAGACCGAAGCCUGUAAAGAACGAGGUAGAGACCAAAGAGGAGCCUCGUUCAUCGCCAGAGGAAGUGAAAGAGGGGCAGAAUGACGACGUCGAUUCGGAUGCAGAAGUCAGGGCACCAGUUAAGAAAGAGGUAGAGGUGGACGACGAUGCGAUGGAAGUCGACAGUACAACAUCUGACACGGGAAAGAAGAGGCAGAUCAAAGAGGAAGAAGAGGAAGAGUCCGAAGAAGAGCCUCCGACGAAACGCCAACGACGGAAAACCACCGAAGGAAAGAACAGCCCGAAGAAAGCUCCUGCGAAGCCAAAGGCCGACAAAGCACCAGAAAAGUCGAAGAAGAAGGCUGCUAAACCGAAAGCUGCGACACCAGAAGAUGACGACGAGGAAGUCUCAGCGCCAACCAAGGUUGCAAAGAGCAAGCAGGGGGCCGAAUCGUCACCUGUGCCUGUGGAGGAUGAUGCUGUUUCAAACAAGGAAGAGGAAGAUGAGGUGGUGAGCUCAGAGGAGGAACCAGAAGAGGUCAAGACCAAGGCGAGGAAGAAAGUCCAGACUACUCUUUCGUCCAACACCAAAGACCCAUAUCCUGACUGGAAACCCGGUGAGCCAGUGCCAUACGCCGCACUCUGCACAACGUUUUCGAAAAUCGAGAUGACGACAAAACGUCUCGAGAUUCUCGCCCACUGCUCACUUUUCCUCCGUCAAGUGUUACGAUUGACUCCAUCUGACAUGCUACCGACUGUUAUGCUAAUGGUCAACAAACUCGCAGCCGACUACGCAGGCAUCGAGCUGGGUAUCGGUGAGUCUCUUAUCAUGAAGGCUAUUUCUGAGAGUACCGGACGAAACUUGCAACAGAUCAAGAGUGACCAGAACGAGAUCGGUGAUCUAGGGCUCGUUGCGGCAAAGAGUCGCUCGAAACAACCCACAAUGUUCAAGCCCAAGUCUUUAACCAUAGAAGGCGUACGCAAGGGACUAAUGGGCAUUGCUACUGUUGAGGGACAGGGAGCUCAAGGGCGCAAGGUUGACGGCAUCAAGAAGCUCCUGUCAGCAGCCGAUGCGCACAACGCUGGAAAGCAUAUCGAUAUCGAGAAGGACAAGGGUGGGCCUAGCGAAGCCAAGUUCAUCGUCCGAACACUAGAAGGAAAACUUCGAUUAGGUCUUGCUGAGAAGACUGUCGUAGUCGCUGUUGCGCAAGCUAUGAUAUUUCAUGACAUGUCCCAGGAAGGCAAGACGCCAUUAACAGCAGACUUGGCAAAGGCCGAGGCCAUGCUGAAAACAGUCUAUAGUGAGCUUCCCAGCUACGAAGUCAUCAUCCCCGCAAUGCUCGAACAUGGUAUCAUGAACCUGCGAGAGAACUGCCGCCUACAGCCUGGUGUACCGCUUAAGCCUAUGUUGGCAAAACCGACAAAGUCAAUUACAGAAGUGCUUGAUCGCUUCGAAGGUAAAGACUUCACCUGCGAAUACAAGUACGAUGGUGAGCGGGCGCAGAUACAUUUUGUUGCGCAUGACGCAAAGCAAGAGGGUGAAAAGAUGGAGUUGGCAACCAUAGCUCCAAGCGCUGGCAAGAGUGACCGAGGUGUGUCGAACAUCUUCUCUCGGAAUUCUGAGGAUCUAUCGAAGAAGUACCCUGAUAUUCUUGGCAAACUACCGACUUGGGUCAAAGAAGGUACAAAGAGCUUCGUUCUUGAUUGCGAGACGGUGGCUUGGGACAUGGUGGAAAAGAAAGUGUUACCGUUCCAGCAACUCAUGACGCGAAAGAGGAAAGAUGUCAAGGUCGAAGACGUCAAGGUAAAAGUCUGCGUCUUCGCUUUCGAUAUCCUCUACCUGAACGGCGAGGCCCUUGUGACCAAGUCCUUCCGUGAGCGUCGUGAACAUCUCAAUGAAGCGUUUGUACCUGUCGAAGGGGAAUUCGCGUUCGCCAAGUAUGGUAACACCAACGAGUUGGAAGAGAUCCAAACCCUCCUUGAAGACUCCGUAAAGUCAGGAAGCGAAGGACUCAUGGUAAAGAUGUUAGACGGACCAGAGUCCUUCUAUGAGCCAUCCAAGCGCUCGCAGAACUGGCUCAAGGUCAAGAAAGACUAUCUUGCUGGUGUCGGCGACUCUCUGGAUCUCGUCGUCCUAGGAGCGUACUAUGGCAAGGGCAAGCGUACAAGUUGGUAUGGCGCCUUCCUUCUCGCCUGCUACAACCCUUCGACCGAGAAGUAUGAGACAGUAUGUAACAUUGGUACCGGCUUCUCGGAGGCCAUUCUCGAGACCUUGCACAAGACACUAUCCGAAAUCGUUAUCGACCGCCCCAAACCCUUCUACACACACUCCACCGGCAAUAAAGACCAGCCCGACGUCUGGUUCGAGCCGCGCUAUGUCUGGGAAGUAAAGACGGCCGAUCUGACCUUGUCACCGCGGUACAGAGCUGCUGCAGAUGAGGUCUCUGGUGGUGGCAAGGGUGUCAGUUUGAGGUUCCCCAGGUUCAUCAAGGAGAGAGAUGACAAGAAGCCCGACCAGGCCAGCUCUAGUCGCAUGAUUGCUGAGAUGUAUCAAAGACAGGAGAGUGUCAGUAAGAACAAGGGGCCAAGUGCUGAUGAUGACUUUGAGUAUUAA